CGGGGGCGGGGCCUUCGGGAACCCGCGGAGGGAAGUCUCGCGAGGCUUGUCGCUGCGCCGCUGCCGGUAGCGGGGGUUCUGGUCCGCCCGGAAUGGGGCCGAGGCGAGUGGGCUGCCGGUCCGUCCCGCCGCGGUGUGAGCGGGGCUGUGCGUGCACCCGCUGAGCGGGCGCGGAGACCACUCCCUGGGCACUCCAUCUCGCGGGUGCUCGUCGCCCUAGGGGGACAGAAGCGGAGUGGAACGACGCGCGUGGGCGAGCCCCUGAGCCGGGCUGCCUCUCCCCGAGCUCCCCCCCGAGGUCCUGCCGAGAACCGAGGUCCUGCCGGGAACCGAGAAAUGAGCUGCACCAUUGAGAAGGCGCUUGCUGACGCUAAGGCCCUUGUUGAAAGGUUGAGAGAUCAUGAUGAUGCAGCAGAGUCUCUCAUCGAGCAGACCACUGCCCUCAGCAAGCGAGUGGAAGCCAUGAAGCAGUAUCAGGAAGAAAUCCAAGAACUUAAUGAAGUAGCAAGACAUCGGCCACGAUCUACACUAGUUAUGGGAAUCCAGCAAGAAAACAGACAAAUCAGAGAAUUACAACAAGAGAACAAAGAACUGCGAACAUCCUUGGAAGAACACCAGUCUGCCUUGGAACUGAUAAUGAGCAAGUAUCGAGAGCAAAUGUUCAGAUUGCUAAUGGCCAGCAAAAAAGAUGACCCAGGUAUAAUAAUGAAGUUAAAAGAGCAACACUCAAAGAUUGACGUGGUACAUCGUAACAGCUGCGAAGGAUUCUUCCUGGAUGCAUCUCGGCACAUCCUUGAAGCACCUCAGCAUGGACUGCAAAGGAGGCACUGGGAAGCAAGUCAGAAUGUACACUAAAUCAAACAGUCAACCUUGGGGGUGGAUGCAAGUGGGGGGCCAUUUAAAAAGUUGUCUCACUUUGACUUGCCCAUCAGAUUAGAUCAGCAAAUAAAUGGAAUCAAUGAAA